AAAACACGCACGACGAUCUUAUGGGAACGUCAGAAAAGGACGUAAUUCUGAGUGCCGAACCUCUUCGGCAUCCUUUUUACACCGGAUUAUGUCGCCGAUGACCCGCUCUAUGCCGCCCAAGGCCAUAAAAUAACCGCGCAAAGAUGAUUGUUUUUGAAUCGGGAUCUCGCAUCAGCUGCUAUCACAAAUGUCAACCCGGGCCGCCGAUUUAAAACACCCAGGACAUCGUCUGUCCCCAACCCUGCUCUUUUCUCCACUACUAUGAAUCCUGGGCCCCCAUCCUCCCCCAGGAGCAUCAAGCUCAGCGAUGCACAGAAGGAAACCGUCACUGCUCUCGCACGGCAUAUGUCGCGUUCCGAAACAGAGCGUCAUCCCCCCCGCUUGUCCGAGUCCGAGAGCAGCACAUCCACCAUCGUGAACCCAUUCGACCCCCACAAUGGCGAUGAAACCCUCGAUCCCACCUCGGAGAAAUUCGAUAUCCAAGCCUGGCUCAAGUCUGUGAUGCUCAUCGUUUCUCGCGACCCCGAAAACUACCCUACACGAACCGCUGGAGUUUCGUUCCGCGACCUUAAUGUACAUGGCGUGGGCAGUCCGACGGAUUACCAGAAGACUGUUGCAAAUGUCUGGUUGGGCGUCGCAUCGACUGUUCGCCGUUGGACUGGUCUGGGCAACAACGGCAAGCGCAAGAUCCAAAUCUUGCAAGAUUUCGAUGGUUUGGUCAAGUCCGGAGAGUUGUUGAUCGUGCUUGGGCGACCAGGAAGUGGUUGCACGACCUUCCUAAAGACCAUCUCUGGCCUUACCGACGGUUUCACAGUCGAGGAGAGCUCCGACAUCCAAUAUCAAGGAAUCCCGAAGGAGAUCAUGCACCACGACUUCCGCGGGGAAGUCAUCUACAAUGCGGAGACGGACGUGCAUUUCCCCCAUUUGACCGUGGGACAAACUCUUUUGUUCGCCGCCAAGGCCCGGGUUCCUCGCAAUCGCAUCGGCGAUGUCUCGCGCGAGACGUACGCUGUUCACUUGCGGGAUCUCGUUAUGUCUAUCUUUGGGCUCAGUCACACGCUGAACACCAAGGUGGGCAACGAUUUCGUUCGUGGGGUGAGUGGCGGCGAGCGCAAACGUGUCAGUAUUUCCGAGACGACUCUGAGCGGAUCCCCACUUCAAUGCUGGGAUAACAGCACGCGUGGUCUCGACAGUGCAACAGCGCUCGACUUCAUUCGGACGUUGCGACUUUCCACGCAAGUCACCGGCUCCACCGCUCUCGUCGCCAUCUAUCAGGCAUCUCAAGACGCAUAUGAUCUGUUUGACAAAGUCAUCGUGCUUUACGAAGGACGACAAAUCUACUUCGGCUCGACUGAGGACGCGAAAGAGUUCUGGACUAGCCGCGGGUUCAUCUGCGCUCCUCGUCAGACUACUGGUGACUUCUUGACGUCCUUGACAAAUCCCGCCGAACGCCUCGUUGCCCCCGGAUGGGAGACCCGGGUUCCUCGUGAUGCCGAGGGUUUUGCUCGUGUUUGGCACGAGAGCGAGGAACGUCAAGCGCUCCUCCGUGACAUUGAAGCCUACAAUGCCGAGUAUCCGCUCGGUGGCGAGCAGCUGGCCCGUUUCAGAGCAUCGCGGCGAAUGCAGCAGUCCAAGUCGAUCCGGCAGGGCUCUCCCUAUACCAUCUCUGUUCGUCGGCAAAUUGCGCUGUGUAUGGAGCGCGGAUGGCAACGCUUACGCGGAGAUAUGACCACUUUUUACACCACUGUAUUCGGCAACUUUAUUAUGACCCUCAUCAUCUCUAGCGUCUUCUAUAAUCUCACGAACCAGACGUCCAGCUUUUACAGCAGAGGAGCACUUCUGUUUUACGCCACCUUAAUCAAUGCAUUCGCCAGCGCCCUCGAGAUCUUCACACUUUACGGUCAACGACCUAUCGUUGAGAAACACACUGCCUACGCUCUGUACCAUCCAUUUGCGGAGGCUAUCUCGUCUAUGAUAUGCGACAUUCCAGUCAAAAUGAUUACCGCCACCGUCGUCAACCUUACACUUUACUUCAUGACUAAUCUUCGACGAGAACCUGGAGCGUUCUUCAUCUUCUAUCUGUUCUCGGUUACGUGUACAUUUGUGAUGUCGAUGAUUUUCCGAUCGAUUGCCUCGAUGUCCCGGUCUCUCAUCCAGGCGCUGACGCCCACGGCCCUGUUUAUUCUGGGGCUGGUCAUGUACACCGGUUUUGCGAUCCCGGUGACCAGCAUGCAUGGCUGGUCUCGCUGGAUCAAUUAUAUCAACCCGGUCGGGUACGCAUUUGAAGCAUUGAUGGUCAACGAGUUCUCUGGACAGCGCUAUCCUUGCGGCAACUUUGUGCCCGCAGGUCCGGCGUAUGCCAACGUUUCGGACGCCAACCGAAUCUGUUCGACCACUGGCUCUCGCGCUGGGCUCCCUUACGUCGAGGGCUCAGACUACCUCCUGGCUUCGUUCAGUUACGUUCACGGGCAUCUCUGGCGCAACUUUGGCAUCCUUCUGGCCUUCAUUGUUGUCUUCUGUGGUGUCCAUCUGCUUACCACCGAGUACAUCUCUGCGCUCAAAUCCAAGGGCGAAAUUCUGGUCUUCCUCCGCGGGCACCUUCCUGCCAAGCGUCGGGCCGCUGAUGCCGAGGAUGGGACUUCGAGCGAGAAGACGGUUGGACUGCAGGCCGGGAAGUCGUCUGCUGAGGAACCGAAAAUCCACGCGCAGAAGAAGAUCUUCUUGUGGAAAGACGUCUGCUAUGACAUCAAGCUGCAGGAUGGCACCGACAGGCGGCUGUUGGAUCACGUCGAUGGUUGGGUCAAGCCCGGGACGCUGACUGCGCUGAUGGGAGUCAGUGGUGCCGGGAAAACGACGCUCUUGGAUGUUCUCGCUACUCGUGUUACGAUAGGAGUCGUGUCGGGCGAGAUGCUUGUCAAUGGCCGGGAACGGGAUCAGUCUUUCCAACGCAAGACAGGCUAUGUCCAACAGCAAGAUCUGCACCUGGCUACUUCCACUGUCCGGGAGGCGCUCGAAUUCAGCGCCAUGCUCCGUCAGCACAAAUCGAUCCCCAAGGCUGAGAAGCUGGCGUACGUGGAUGAGGUCAUCGAGCUGCUGGAAAUGGAGUCCUAUUCCGCUGCCCUGGUCGGUGUCCCUGGCGAGGGUCUGAACGUGGAGCAACGUAAGCGGUUGACCAUCGCCGUCGAACUGGUGGCCAAGCCGGAGCUUCUGGUGUUCUUCGACGAGCCCACGAGUGGUCUCGACUCGCAAACGGCCUGGUCUAUCUGUCAACUGAUGCGCAAGCUUGCCAAUCACGGUCAGGCCAUCCUGUCGACCAUCCAUCAGCCGAGUGCCGUGCUCAUGCAAGAAUUUGAUCGGCUGCUCUUCUUGGCUCGUGGCGGCAGGACGGUUUACUUUGGCGAGAUCGGCGAAAACUCGAGCGUGCUGACGAACUACUUUGAGAAGUACGGAGCAAGUCCUUGUCCCCCCGAGGCCAAUCCCGCGGAAUGGAUGCUGGAAGUCAUCGGCGCCGCACGUGGCCACAAGUCUGCACAAGACUGGCCCGAGGUCUGGAAGGCCAGCGAAGAACGCGCCCAGGUGCGGGAAGAGUUUGACCAGAUGGUUGCCGAGCUGUCGCAGAUCGAAGACAGCGGCGACUCCGCUGCGGGCUACGAGCUGUUCGCGACUCCGCUCGGGACCCAGUUCAACGAAGUGUUCAAAAGGGUCUGGUUCCAAUACUGGCGGACUCCGUCAUACAUCUACUCGAAGCUCGUGCUCGUCGGCUUGUGCUCUAUCUUCAUUGGAUUCACGUUCUACCGCUCCAAGAACAACUUGCAAGGUCUGCAGGAUCAGCUGUUCGCUGUGUUUAUGCUGUUCCUGUUGUUCGGCAAUCUUUCGCAGCAGAUCAUGCCGCUUUUCGUCGAGCAGCGGGCCCUGUACGAAGCGCGGGAGCGACCUUCGAAGGCAUACUCCUGGGUCGCCUUCAUGCUGGCUCAAAUCGUCGUGGAGCUGCCGUGGCAGACUCUUGCGGCGGUGCUCAGCUUCGUGACCUGGUACUACCCCAUCGGUCUCUACAACAAUGCGGUCCCGACCGGUGCAGUCCACGAGCGAGGUGCUUUGAUGUUCCUGUAUCUGCUACAGUUCAUGCUGUUCACGAGCACGCUGUCACAAUGGCUCGUGGCGGGCAAUGAAACUGCCGAGGCUGCAGGGAAUAUGGGCAAUCUUCUGUUCUCGCUCACGCUUCUUUUCUGUGGUGUGCUUGCUCCGCCGAGCACCCUGGGCUGGUGGAUCUGGAUGUACCGCGUUUCGCCGUUCAGCUACUUCGUCGGCGGCAUGCUUGCGACGGGUCUAGCCAAUACCAAUGUCACAUGUUCCCCCAUAGAGCUGCUCCAUGUGGAUCCGACAGCUGGCUUGAACUGCGGCCAAUACUUCGCGCCCUAUAUGCAGGUUGCGGGUGGGCAGGUCAUGAAUCCGAAUGCGACCAGUGCAUGCGAGUUCUGCAGCAUCUCCGACACCAAUGUCUUCCUUGCGGCGAGCAACAUCCAUUACUCUGAACGCUGGAGGAAUUUUGGGCUCAUUUGGGUCUUCAUCCUCUUCAACGCUGCUGCCGCAUUAGCUUUCUACUGGUUCUGGCGAGUGCCGAAAGAUAAGAAGAAGAAGGAGGUCAAGGUCAAGCAAGCAUAGACCAUCUAUUAGACAAUUUCUUACUACAUACAUACGUUAUGUAUCAAUAAGUAAUCUGUAUGACAUCGAUCCUCACUUGAGUCCACGAGGUGCUUCUGUCAGCACAUGGCCACUCCAUCGAAGAGGAUUCCGGAACAUCCUGAGCUCGCGGACGCCUUUCAUGGAUGCUCUGUCACUCCUUUCGCAGGACGUCGAAAGUAGGAGACAAGCUCCCCCAACUCGAUACUUCAUCGGGCGCACUGGUGCCGGAGAGUUCUUGAUCCAAAGUUACAUCCGACACCUCGCUCGAACGUUCCCUGACUAUCAUUGUGCGAUCCCGAUGGAAGCAGGGAUCGGUGGACAUGAGAAAGAAGACAACGAAAAAGACCACGCUAGUCGUUUUCGAAGGGCCCUCGAGGACACUGGGCGUAGGUAAAAGAACAACGCAUUGGCCUGCCGAUUUCCCACAGACAUAGAGUGAGUUUGGAUCGGACUGUACCUG